AGAGUGCGUGCUGCUUCUUCCAGACAGUGACUAACUUUUAGCACUAAUUUUGAUUUCCUGUGUGUGUGGUUGGUUUCUACAUUGAAUUAUACUGGGGCGGAAAGGUACGAUCGUGAACACACGCUUCCACUUGUGUAGGGUAUAAUGAGAACAACGCAAUGCCGCGCAUCCUUGAGAGGUCUUGUCGCCGUGACUGAAGAAGGGUCGACGUGGAAAUAGAGGGGAGGGAAGCGAUCAAGACCAGGGAAUAAGAUAUGAAAUUACGCCUAUUUGCAUGGCCAGUUUUUCUCCUUGCAUACACCGAUUUAGGAUGAGCUGCCACACGAGUUUAAAAAUGAUGUACAUAACAUAAUACAACAGGCUGAAGAUGUCUUGGUUUCCUUUUCUUUCUCAACAUCCUGUGCUACAUGUCAGUAAACUGUCUCGUCUAGGCAAAGUGUUUGCUGCGCUGCCUAGACCUUAUAAUGUGAGGAUGGAUGCAGUGAACACUAGAUACAUCAUGAAAUGGGACUGGAAUCACUCCAUGGCCAAUCACAACAUCACGUUCACCGCUCAAUACACAUUUUCUCAUAAACAGUCGGACGAGAGGUCCUACACAGGGAUGUGUAUCAGGAUAACUGAGGAGAGGUGUGACUUCUCUAGGAAGCUGGACUUCUACAUGGGGUCAUACAUACUGAGAGUGAGGGCCGAGGGCAGGGGUCAGAUGUCAGACUGGUACAGGCUGAAGUUCGUUCCUGAUGAACAUGCGGACCUAGGCCCCCCAUCCCAUGUGGCGUUCGAUCCAGGGGACACCAUGUUAACAGUGAGCUUCAGGGAGCCAAUGACGGAGCAGAACACCUCCAUGAGAUCUGUGUUACACAUGUCUUUCAGUCUGCAGUAUUGGGAGAAGCAUUCACCCAGCAAGAAACAAGAGAAAGUUUUUGACUCCACAGAGGGAACAUUGUUCCCGCUGAAGCCCUGGACAGAGUACUGCCUGCAGGUCAAUGCAUUCAACAAAUUGUACAAUAAGACCAGCCCAUACACACAGCAACAGUGUGUCAGGACCCUGGGAUAUCCUCCAGUGUGGAAGGUGUUGCUGGCUCUGCUGGGCUGUGUAGCUCUGAUAACGACAGUGCCUGUCUACAGAUGCCACAAAAAGAGAAAAAGUAUUGUCUCAAAGCACACAUUUCCCAGCAGUAUACUGCAUAACACACAGGAUACAAUAUCCCUUCUCCUCCUGCCUCGGGAGGAGAGCUGUGUGGCCACAGUUGUGGUGGCUGUACAGGUAGAGCAGACAAGCCAGGGUCAACAGCAACAGGUCAAGGGUCAGGGAGAUGUUGAGGCGGAGCAGGACAGUGGCUCCUCCUCCAUCCAGAGAGGACAAGGCAGCUCCAGUCAGGACUCUGGGAUCUACUCAGGAGAAGACAGUGGAAAGAAGAGCGCAGGAUCAACAACAACAAGUCAACCUAAAGAGACACACUGAGAAGAAAAAAAAUGGAUCCCCAUAGCAAACUGCUGUAGAGCAAUUAGUGGAAUUUUGGGAAGCAGCUUGGAUUCACUAUCAAGAGGAGAGCUCUUGGGGAAAUUCUCUUUUAGUCAAAUGACUUAAGACUUUUUUAGACUAGCUCUAAGACCCGAUGCGUUUCUCUAGUUGAGUUUAUUGAGUUGCCUGGGAAUAAUGGCCAAUAAUGCAGGUUAUGGAAUGUACUGUAUAUGUUAUUAUUUUUUACGUUAUUCCCUUGCAAUAGGAGAUAUAUAUAUUUUGGUCAGAUAAUUCACAGGCCAUUUAGAGUUCCUCUGUCCAGUGUUCUUUUGCCCAUCUUAAACCUUUCUUUUUAUUGGCCUGUCUGAGAUAUGUUUUUUUCUUUGCAACUUUGCAUUUUUCUUCCCCUGAUUUGCGUUGGAGUUUGUGUUAUUGAAGAAUAACAUAAAUUACUAACAGUAGUGUACCUAAAAAAUCUAUAAUAAAAAAAAAUUGAAUUAAUGAAUGAAGAGAUCCCAGUAGAGGGAGACGGUCUCAAUUCCAACAUCCAUAUUAGCAUACCACCGGUGUGCAUACCACUACUUGAACAAUUCAAAUGUUUACUGUCACGUGUCCUUGGGUAUCUUGAACAAUGCUUCAAGUUGUUAUUAUGUAAGUGAUUUGCUACUGUACUGUAAAUAAGAAUCAUUUAGGCUCCUUUUUGAAUGCUGGUCAAGAUAUUAAUAAACCACUCAAAUAAAAUACCGACUCGAGAUUUCAUCUUUACCCACAGUGGCCGUCAUAAGGGAAUGUGGGGCAGAGCUUGUUUUGAAUGUUAUUUUGGCAUUAAUGCUUGUCACAUAUCAGUUUGCAAACAAUGUAAAAAAAUACAAAUAUUUUUUAU